CACAAAUGAUGCGCUGCACUCCACGCCUAGAUCAAGCUCUUUGAUUCGCUCAUUCACGCCCGAGCUCCCCGCAUUAACCUGUCGAGUGCAAGUGCGAACCAAGGGCCCCCAGCCUACGUUGACUCCACCUUAGAUACGGCUGCCUUCCGUUUAUCAGCUGCUUCUCGACAUCCCGAAAAUCGUGAUCGGACCAGUCUCGACGCCUUACAGUGGUUGUGAGCCUCCUUCAACAGAGCAACAAUACAGUCGAAUCGUCGUAUGGCUGAGACGCUCACAGUCCCGGCAUCGGGUGCUUCUCCGCACGCUAACUCGGUGCCCCAGCCUUUUGCAAAGAACAAAGCGCAAUCUCAACGAUCGAAGCCCGGGGAUAUGCCAAAGGUGUUAGAUGGCAGCGGUAUCCCGAAGAAGAAGCAGUCCAAGAGUCGCAAUGGCUGUGUCACGUGCAAGGCGAAGCGCCUCAAAUGCGAUGAGAUCAAACCGGUCUGCGAGCAAUGCCAAAAACGCGGUGUAACUUGUGGAGGUUACAGAAAAGACUUCAAAUGGCGGCCGUUCGAGGAGCCUGGCUGUACGGGCAAACUGUCAAGAAAAGGCACAGCAGGUACUGUCUCUACACAACCUAAGAACAGUGAUCACGAUCUCAGCGUCCACGGUCCAUAUGACCAAUACCUUCAAGCCGCAACAAACUUCCAGCAAGCACCACCACCGCAGCUGUUGAUACCCGAUAUUCAUGGUUCGGCACACGGAAGUUCUGUCCCACACGUAAUGUCAUAUCCUUUUGCCGAGAGGACAUACGCCCCUUCAUUACUGUCCCCUUUCGCCAUCACACCACAGUCAAUCUCCCCAGUCGAGUCACAUGCACCGUUCUUUCCGGGGCCGGAUAGCUGCUAUGCAGAAGGAUCGGUAAGGGCGGAACGGAGCGAGAUUACCGCGCCUUCUAGCGUGGUUGCCGGACAGUCACCUCGUCUCGUGGAUCUUCUUUUACCAGGAACGGACCAUUGCGCACCUCCAGAAGAGUACAUGUCAUAUCGAAAUCAACAUGAGGACUUCUACCAGCCGACUGGAUAUACACCUCCACCUGAUAUAGCAGACGAAGAAGUCGAAGAAAUACCCCGAAAUCUAGACCAGGAUUCACAAUCAUGGUCCUUGAGGCCAUCGAUCUCUACAAUGUCCAGUUCAUCCAGUUCGUCUUCAGGUUCACCCAGUCACAGCAUACCUUUACAGCCUCAAGAUGGAUUGUACUCUCAUGAAACGAUAUCACGACGAUUCCACCGAGACACGUGUGGGAUAUUGUCCGUGAAAGAUGGGCCUACCGAAAACCCUUGGCGAACUCUCGUCUGGCCACUUGCGCGUGACUGUCCAGCCUUAUAUCAUGCCAUAGCAUCCAUGACUUCGUUCCACCAAUCGUCGCAAUUUCCGCCUAUGCGGAUCCACGGCAUAGAUCACAUGCACACUGCUGUUCAAGCCCUGGCAGAGGGCCUCCAGAACAUGCGCUUCGAUGCAGCUAUAUCGACUACAUUAGUAUUGGCUUUUGCAGAGUCUUGGGAUGUGCAUAUUAGUACUGGUAUCAACCACAUAAAAGGUGCCAAGGUCCUGAUCAGUCAGGCUCUGGUACAGCAUCGCCAGGUGCCCAAACAGGGGGAAGAGUGGAAGCGCCUUAAGUUCCUUUGCAAUACGUGGAUCUACAUGGACGUUAUUGCUCGUCUGACAUCGACAGAUGAUGAUGAGUCCAAUGAUGUUGAUGGAAUCUACGAUAGCAUCCACUCAUCGCAAGAGACGGAGGAGUCAUUGGAUCCACUAAUGGGCUGCGCUCGUUCGCUAUUUCCCAUCAUUGGCCGUGUUGCCACUCUUAUCCGGAAGCUACGAAAAUCGACUGGAGACUGUGAAGACCUGACCUUGCAGGCCAUCCAUUUGAAAGCUCGUCUCGAGGAGUGGACACCACCUUCGCAUAUUGAGAGUCCCGAAGACGAGACAACUAGUCCUGUGGACUCAGUCAAGACAGCAACAGCUUACCAAUAUGCAACGUUACUGUACCUUCACCAAGCAUUCCCCGAGAUACCCUCCUUACCUGCGCUAGCCUUGGCCAAACGGGCACUAUUCGAAAUCGCUUCGGUCGAGCCAAGCUCUCGCUCCAGCAUCAUACAUAUUUACCCUCUCAUGGCAGCAGGUUGCGAAAUGGUCAACGAAGCAGAUCGAGCCUGGGUGGUACAGCGUUGGGAUUUGCUGUCGUCCCGGAUGAAGCUUGGGAUAAUUGACAAGUCAUUGACUGUUACUCAAGAGGUCUGGUCUCGUCGAGACGCCUACGCAGCAGAGUGUAACACUUUCGAUUCGAUGCGUAGUGAGAGCGAUCUCUCCACACGGGCACGGAAGCGUGAUCUCGAUAUAUAUCUCGACAGUGGAGAAGACGAUAUCUAUUGGCUCGGGUCGAGGCCGAAACGAAGGGCAUCUGAUGAAUCUACACAACAUCGAGCUCUGAUCUCACCGAAAUUUGAACAGAUGCGGCAAAGGAGUGAGGUGGUUGCGAGAGAUAACGUAGAGCUACUUCAUCCGGAGUUCACAGUCAAAGGCCGUCUCCAUUGGGUAGGCGUGAUGCGAGACUGGAAUUGGGAAGUAUUGCUCGGCUGAAGCAUCCACUCGUUUCGGUGAUACCAAAAGCAUCCUACCCUUUGUAUGCACAUCGGCACGGCGUGCCGACUCGACAGCGUUGACUUGACAUCACAGCAAAGUGACAGAAGCAACAACGUGAUAGCCAUAUUGCCUUCGGCGCGAACGGACGAUGUCUCCGUUCGGGUAGACAGCCGAUCUAUGUCAUGUGGCAAAGUCGAGCACAUCCUCUGGUCGAAUCACGGUGAACCAGCCCGUACGAUGCAGCGCUUUCCUUCAAACGUUAAUAUGAUU